UAUGGUCGAGCUUGCCAACCGCGUGGGAGUCGAGGCCAAGGCCAGAGCUAAACUUUGAAAAGUAGCUUCAAGCGUUACUCGGGUCUCUGGCCUUUUGUCGUCCGCGGUAUUUUGUCAUUCGCCGUUCCGCCCCAAAGGACUACUGGCGGGGUAGCUUUGAUGAUCAAUUUUCAUCUCUUUCUGUUCUUGUCCUAGCUGGCCUUGCAUGCCACCGGUUCUUGGCCUGCGGACAACCUUUGGUUAUUGGCCUACAUGCCACAUUUACUUGUCGGCCUUCAUUGUCGUUUCUGCCAGUCUAUUCCCCUACAUAAGUACUAUGUCCGCGACACUUCCUAAGUUUCGAAACCACAUCCUCAAGUCCCUCUUACCCAGCGGAUCGCAGAAUGAAUGAUUAUAACUUCUGGCAUGAGGAUUCGGAUCUAUACAGGGCAUUGCCUCCAGAAUGGCUAAGAUUGGUCGAUAAUGACCUGUCAUCAUCUCAGCCUCAACAGGAUUGCCUGCCUUCGGCUCCAGAGUAUCCCCCGCCCGUGGUUACUCAGCACCACCAGCAUCACAUGAAUGGCGGAGAUUCAACGAGUAACGACCAGCGUAUUCAUAUUGCUACUCAACAGCCUUCGUACAACGCCUCUUUCAAUCAUCUCCGCUCUCCUUCCUCCAAUGAUCCGUUGGUGAACAAUCCGGAGUCUUCUGGCAACAUUUGCGAAUCAAGCCCCAGUGGGGGUCAGCCUGACCCGGUCCAUGACAACCCACCAACAUCGCUCACAUCUAGCAGCUUGUAUGUCUGCAAGUGGAAUGAUGGUCACGGUCCAUGCAACAAGGCCCUAAAUAAACAAGAGAUGAAGAAACACAUACCAUCCCAUCUCCCACGUGGGAACUCUCAUGUUAUAUGUCGGUGGGAGGGAUGCACGUACCAACAGCCCAUGCGCCGAGAUACAAUCAUACGCCAUAUCCGUCAGAUUGACCUCAAAAUCGAUCCCCGACGCAGUAGUAGGUUACUCCGAGUCGUAUUUAUGAGUAAACUCCGUCUACAUCCAUAGCCGUAUUAAUUACGAUUACAUCGACUGCCGUUCAAUAUGAGACCUUUGCUAUGUUUCCCUUUUGUAUUCAUGUUACUUCAUGCCUUCGUCCUUAACAACGUAUCUUAAU